GGUAAUCACGUGUACAAAUCACGUGGUUUACGCUGUCAGAGGCACAUCUUACGCGCCAUUGGAUUGGACGGACCCUUUAGUAACUGAUAACGUUGAUCACAAUCUGAAAGCUGUAAAGCUUUCGGACAUUUAUAAAGGAGAUGUGGUUAAGGAGGGCAUUUACCACAUCCAAUAUCGAGUGACCGACAACGCUGGAAAUUACCAUCCGCUAUUGUCAGAAUGCCGCGUAACCGUUGAAGUAAAACUUGUAAAAUGCGCUUCCGGUCCGACGGAUAGUUUAAGCGAUGCCCGUUUCAUUAGAUACAAUUGUUCCGAUUCCAUCUACUCCAAUGGUGUGGACUGUGCAUUGUCUUGCGACCUUAACCUUGAACUGAACGGGACAAAUACAAUGUCUUGUGAACGCAAUGGAACCUCUGGAGUUGGAGUUUGGAAAUGGAAUGGACCUUUGGAACCGCACUGCAAUGUUGUGAGUUGUCCACCCUUAUUACCCCCUUCUAACGGCGCCAUGACUUACGACAGCAUCAAUUCCAGACCACUUUACGUUAUGCUGUGUCAGUCUGGGUUUGACAUUCCGGUCGUUGGUCUUUCCUUCACUGGUAGACUAAGCUGCCAAGACAGUGGGAAAUGGUAUCCGUUGGAUAAGUUCCCAGACUGUAUACGUCCGAUGUGGGGCGAUAUGGUCCUUCUUGCAGAGCUUAUCUAUGAGGGAAACUGCGCAAAUGAAACAACCAAAGCUGCCAUCAAGGAAGCCGUUUUAAAAUACCUCAGCAGAAUUGAAGAUGAUAUAGAAAGAUCAAUAUGCCCUGGUCGUAAUUGUAGAGUAGACAACAUCAAUGUCGUAUGUGGAUCUAAUCAGAAACGGCGCUCUACGGUGUAUAUUAAAAGACUAGCUAAGAGACAAACUACCUACGCUCGAGUGACUUUUGACAUCGUGACACUAUUUGAUUUAUCGAAUACCUCGAGUCAGGAAGCAAUCAACAUUUCGUUACCACUUUUAACUGCAAUGAGUGACCGGAUAGCACAAGAUGUAGAAAACGGCAGCCUCGAUAUAAAUGGUUUCACGUUAGGACGGGGUGCAUACCAAAGAAGUACAAGUCCACAUUUGAAAUGUCCGCUACACUAUAAGAGAGAUGGAUUUAAAUGCAAACCCUGCCCAAAAGGAACCUACAUGAACUCGACAACGAGGAACUGUGAAUUUUGCAACAUUGGUGAAUACAAUGAAGAUGAAGGAAAAUCCCAAUGUGACCUUUGUCCUGCGAACCACAGCACUUUAAUGAAGGGCUCAACGCGUCGUGAGAACUGUACCAAACUGUGCGACCCGGGUUAUGCAUCAAGUACUACAAUGAUUCCAUGUUCGGCUUGUCCUUUGGGCACCUAUCAACCAAAUUCUGGGAAGUCAGCAUGUAUAACUUGCCCAACGGGACACACUACUCAAUCCACAAACAGCACAUCGGCAGACACAUGUACACUGUUCGAUAUUAAGGUAUGA